AGCGUUAGAGAAGUCUUGUCUUUCUGAGGGGGGGAGGACCGUGGACCACCACUAUCAUGACGGAGUGGACACUCCUCAAACGGCUCCUGGACGCCGUCCACCAGCACUCUACCAUGAUUGGACGCCUCUGGCUAACCGUUAUGGUGAUUUUCCGCCUCCUCAUAAUUGCCGUGGCGACCGAGGACGUGUACGCCGACGAGCAGGAGAUGUUUGUGUGCAACACCCUGCAGCCAGGCUGCACCACGGUGUGUUACGAUGCCUUUGCCCCCAUCUCACAGCCACGCUUCUGGGUCUUCCACAUCAUCAGCGUCUCCACGCCGUCUCUCUGUUUCAUCAUCUACACGUGGCACAACCUGUCGAAGCUGCCCCGCAAACCGGCGGGCCAGGGCCACGGGGCUGACCCGAGGGAGGCGCUUCGAGCCGAGGGGAAGGACAGGGGUCGCGAGGCGUUCGAACGGAGCUGCGACUCGGAUAGCUGCUCCAUCCGCUCACACCGUCACCUGGGUCACAGCCUGGCCGACGUCUUGGAGGGAAUCACCACCCAGGGCCCUGGUGGUGGUGGAGGAGCAGGGGGUGUCCUCUCCAAGUACUAUGUGUUUCAUGUGUGCUUCCGGGCGCUGCUGGAGGUGGGCUUUGUCACGGCCCAGUGGCUCCUCUUCGGCUUCCACGUGCCCGUCCAAUUCCUGUGCGAGGCCACGCCCUGCCGGCUGCCGGUGGACUGCUAUGUGUCUCGACCCACAGAGAAAACCAUCUUCCUCCUCUUCAUGUUCUGUGUCGGCGUCUUCUGCAUCCUUCUCAACCUUUUGGAGCUCAAUCAUCUAGGAUGGAAGAAGAUCAGACGCUCGGUCAGGCUCGGGGAGAAGGGCUCGUGGACUGGUUACGGGGGACCUAAAGGGGGGUAUGAUACCUUUGAGACUUUCGCUACAGACAGUCCCUCACUGAAAUCUUCUCUUGGGUUCAGGGACAUCAUUAGCACAACGUCGCUACCAACUUUGGACCUGGUAGUUGACCACCGGCCCAACUGGACCUGUGCUGUGAACUGCUCCACAUUUAAGGAGCCCGAGGCUGGGUUAGAGACAGCAGACAAGCUUCCCAAGAACCAGGAGCUCCGGAUAGGAGAGAUACCACUUCUGAAGAACCAGAGGGAGGGCAGGGGAUUCAAGCUACACAGUACAGAGGUCUGGAUAUGAAAUACUGGAGAAUCUUUAUAGUACUUGAUAACUAUGAGAACUGAUUCUACACUCAAUUUGUAA